AUGAGUUAUCAUUUUAUACGUAAUGCAUCCGUGCGUUCAUAUGAAUGCCGCGGCAAAGAAACUUGGUUCCAGCUUCAAGUGUUCCCAACAAACGAGCCUGUUUAUAGGAUGUACAGACGGUACGACGAUUUCCUACGACUCGAUGCACAGUUGGACAAUGCGUAUACUACAGCUAUCGUUCGAUCACAAACAACGCCCAGCGGAAUAGCGCACCUUCAGCAUCACAACCAUCACCAUAACGGUAACGGCAGCAAUAACGGUACCGUCAAUAGCCGACGACGGGUUGAUUCUUACACCGACCAAUUGUGCGAAAAGAUAUGCACUUCCUCAUCAUCAUCAUUAUCUCAUAAUGAAACCACUAUCACCAAAACUGCUGCUACUACAGCACCGACCAUAACAACUCUACCCAAUUUGAGAAGUUAUCAUUCAACCCAAGAGAUAUACUGGUUGGCAAACAAGCGAGCCAAAAGAAAAUGGCAGCAACAACACAUCGAUUGCUAUUUGUCGCGGCUGUUUACUACGAUGCCGCUCGAGGUCAGCCAGUCUUUUAUCGUGUUGCGAUUUCUCAACUACCAGCCUUAUCGGUACUAUCAUUAUACCAAGACAUUACCACCAACACCACCAACCUUACGUCGUUGCCGUCGUCGAUGGCUGUUGAAUAAUGAUGAUGAGGGUAACAGCAAUACCGAUAUAAAUGUAAUGGGUGCACCGUUGACGAAGAUGAAAACAGCAGAACCACGAUAUGGAUCCUCUUUCCUACGAAAUGACAACCCUCUUCACGACAACGACGACGACAAAGGACAAACAAUAGGAGAAGGCGGAACAGGAGGGAGCAUGACAGCAGUUUCUUCAUCUAUUGAUUUAAAAUCCCAAGCAGCAACACUUGUAGUAUCGCCACCCACCACUGUCCAUAGCUUGAACGGCAGCACGAUCCAGAUCUUUCUGUUCCUGAGCCCGCGCGUAUUUAUCACCGUCCGUAUUCAUCGUCGAUCCAUGCUCCACGAGUUACGCAGCGCCCUUGAUCGAGAAUUAACGCAGCGCAACCUGGAUCCAUUGCCUACACCUUCUGUGCUCGCAUACCAUCAUGUCAGUCGAUCGGAUCGACAAGGGGCGUUAUAUACUUUGACACUGAACUGUUCAGAACCAUGGUUGGAUCAGGAUACGCUCAUGGCAUUGACCUCUGCAAGAUAUCUGACGUUUUUCUCCAAAGCCAGCAACUUUUUACCGCCACCCUUACCUCCAUUGUCUCUGCAGCAGCAGCAACAACACAAAAACACACUCUCAUUAAACCGUCAGCAUCGGAUAAUACAACAAGGCAUAGUGUUGUUGAUUGCUACAGAUAAAGACUUGGAGGCCGCCAUGAAUGGCAAGUGGCGAAGAUUGGAUCAUGUUACUUUGACUUGUUUGGCAUGGUGA